CCGGGACAUGGCCGCGGCGGGCCGCGCAGGUGGCCCCCCCCCGGGCGGCGGUGCCCCCUGGCACCUUCGAGGCGUCCUCGGCGACUCCGUGGACAGCUCGGACGAUGAGUUCUUCGAUGCCAGAGAGGAGGCAGCUGAAGGGAAGAAUUCCAUCCUCGUCGGGAUGAGCCAGUGGAACUCCAACGACCUGGUGGAGCAGAUGGAGACCCUGGGGCGGCUGGAGGCGCAGCAGGGAGACGGGAGCGCCCUGUGCACAUCCAGCGCCCUCCAGGAGAAGCAGCGAGAACUGUACCGGGUUUCCUUGCGAAGACAGAAGUUCCCUGCCCAGGGCAGCAUCGAGAUCCACGAAGACAGUGAGGAAGGCUGCCUGCGGCGCUCCUGCAAGACACACGUGCUGCUGCUGGUGCUGCACGGGGGCAACGUCCUGGACUCGGGCGCGGGGGACCCGGCCUGCAAGGCGGCCGACAUCCACACCUUCAGCUCCGUGCUGGAGAAGGUGACGCGUGCCCACUUCCCGGCGGCCCUGGGCCACAUCCUCAUCAAGUUCGUGCCCUGCCCUGCCGUCUGCUCUGAGGCCUUCUCUCUUGUCUCCAACCUGAACCCCUACAGCCACGAUGAGGGCUGCCUCGGCAACAACCAGGACCACGUGCCCCUGGCCGCCCUGCCCCUGCUGGCCGUCUCCUCCCCACGGUACCAGGACGCGGUGGCCACCGUCAUCGAGCGCGCCAACCAGGUCUACAUGGAGUUCCUCAGGUCCCCUGACGGGAUAGGCUUCAGUGGGCAGGUGUGUCUCAUCGGGGACUGUGUGGGGGGCCUCCUGGCCUUCGACGCCAUCUGCUACAGCGCGGGGCCCUCGGGAGACAGUCCAGGCAGUAGCAGCCGGAAGGGAAGCAUCAGCAGCACCCAGGACGCCCCCGGCGUGGCGGACGAGGCGAGCGGUCUGGCCGGCAGCAAGCGCCUCAGCAAGAGCAGCAUUGACGUGUCCAGCGCACCGGACGACGAGGACGCCACGGAGCCCCAGAGGCCGUUGCCUCGCAAACAGAGCGACUCCUCCACCUACGACUGUGAGGCCGUCGGCCAGCAUCACGCCUUCCUGUCCAGCAUCCACUCGAAUGUGCUGAAGGACGAGGCCGAGCCCCCUGUGGCCCAGGGGCUCCCGCCACCCGAGGUCGGCCUGGGUCGCUUGGACUUCGACGUGUCCGACUUCUUCCUCUUCGGCUCGCCCCUGGGCCUGGUCCUGGCCAUGCGGAGGACCGUGCUGCCGGGGCUGGACGGCUUCCAGCUGCGUCCCGCCUGCAGCCAGGUCUACAGCUUCUUCCACUGCGCGGACCCCUCUGCUUCGCGGCUCGAGCCCCUGCUGGAGCCCAAGUUCCACCUGGUGCCGCCCGUCAGCGUGCCCCGCUACCAGAGGUUCCCGCUGGGCGACGGGCAGUCACUCCUGCUGGCCGACGCUCUGCACGCCCACAGCCGCCUCUUCCUGGAGGGCAGCCCUCGGGACAGCCCUCCGCCCCCGGACGCCCCUGCCUCGUCUCCUCAGGCCCCGCGUGCCCCGUGCCCAGCACGGAGGGGGAGCCAGGACAGUUCCCACAGCGACAGCUCAGCGUCCUCAGACAGCCUGGUGCCCGCGGGCGCCUCCCGCAUCACGGCCAAGUGGUGGGGCUCCAAGCGAAUCGACUACGCGCUGUACUGCCCCGAAGUCCUCACGGCCUUCCCCACCGUGGCCCUGCCCCACCUCUUCCACGCCAGCUACUGGGAGUCCACGGACGUGGUGGCCUUCAUCCUGAGACAGGUGAUGCGCUACGAGAGCGUGACUGUCAAGGAGAACGCGGGCGUGGAUCCUGCCGCACUGAGCCCCGCCAACCCCCGUGAGAAGUGGCUUCGAAAGAGGACCCAGGUCAAGCUGCGGAACGUCACCGCGAACCACCGGGCCAACGACGUGAUCGCGGCGGAAGACGGCCCCCAGGUCCUGGUGGGGCGCUUCAUGUACGGGCCCCUGGACAUGGUGGCUCUGACCGGGGAGAAGGUGGACAUCCUGGUGAUGGCGGAGCCGUCCUCGGGCCGUUGGGUGCACCUGGACACGGAGAUCACCAACAGCAGCGGCCGCAUCACCUACAGCGUGCCGCGGCCCCGGCGCCUGGGGGUGGGCGUCUACCCCGUGAAGAUGGUCGUCAGGGGCGACCAAACCUUUGCGAUGAGCUACCUCACGGUGCUGCCCCGGGGCAUGGAGUGCGUGGUGUUCAGCAUCGACGGGUCCUUCGCCGCCAGCGUGUCUAUCAUGGGAAGCGACCCCAAGGUCCGGCCGGGGGCAGUGGACGUCGUCCGGCACUGGCAGGAUCUGGGCUACCUGAUCGUGUACAUCACGGGCCGGCCGGACAUGCAGAAGCAGAGGGUGGUGUCCUGGCUGUGCCAGCACAACUUCCCCCAGGGCAUGAUCUUCUUCUCCGACGGGCUGGUGCACGACCCCCUGCGGCAGAAGGCCCUCUUCCUCCGCAACCUCGUGCAGGAGUGUUUCAUCCGCAUCAGCGCGGCCUACGGCUCCGCGAAGGACAUCUCCGUGUACAGCGUGCUGGGGCUGCUGCCCUCCCAGAUCUUCAUCGUCGGCCGGCCCACCAAGAAGUACCAGGCCCAGUGCCAGUUCCUGAGCGAGGGCUACGCGGCGCACCUGGCGGCGCUGGAGGCGGGCCACCGCUCGCGCCCGAAGAAGAACAACUCGCGGAUGGUCCUGCGCAAGGGCAGCUUCGCCCUGCACGCGCAGCCCGAGUUCCUGCGGAAGCGCAGCCACCUGCGCAGGACCAUGUCGGUGCAGCAGCCGCAGCCGCCCGCCAACCCCAAGCCCGAGCGGGCCCAGAGCCAGCCCGAGUCCGACAAGGACCAGGAGCGGCCGCUGCCCGCGCUCAGCUGGGCGCGUGGGCCCCCCAAGUUCGAGUCGGUGCCCUGAGGGUCGGGCUGCGCGCAUGGGCCGGGGGGGGUGGCGCUCCCCGAGACGGGCCGUUUCCUGCUUUUCCCCUCCCGUAUGUGUCCAGCAGUGUCCGAGUGGGGAGGGACCCUGCGGAGCCCGGGGGGGCUCCCUGGGCCGCGAGGGGGUGAGACCCCAGGGUCUCUGCAGCAGCGGCUGCCUCCCCGUGCGGGGCCUGUGACCGCGAGCCCCAGUCCCGGUCGGCGUCCGUGUAGUCCUGCGGGGGGGCAGGCCUGGCCCGAGCUGGCAGGUCGGGCAGAGUCGGCCACCGCCCUGGGGUCCCGGGGCUUUGGUGGUGCCAGGCAGGCCCUGGGGGGGGGGCCUUCUGAAGGCAGGCUCGGCCUCCCGGCGGCCUGGUGGGCGGGUGAGUGGGGCAUCGUGCCGGCCCCCCGAGACGUCCUGGGUCACCAUCAGGGGCCCGGCUUUCCUGUGGCCAAGUGGCCACUUUCUGCGAGGGAGGGGACGUCCCCUGGGCUCCUCUGUCCGCAUGUCUGUCCAUGGCCUUGCGGGGUGGGGGUGGCGGGGCCUGGUGCUGACGGUCUGUCCUGCGGCUGCCCACUGUCCCCCUCCUGUCCUCCGUGUUCCUUCCCGCCUGGUGCCCUGCCCUGUGGGGCUGCGCCCCUGCGCGGUGGCCCGGCCGGGCCGGCUGAGAGCCCUUGAGCCCAUCGCUCGCCCUCCCUGGGCCCUGGCUUCCCUAUGGGGUCGGAAGGGUCCCCGCGGCUGAGAUUGGUGCGCGGCUUUUGACGCCUGGGCUGUCUUCUUUCUCGCACUUCUGUGUCCUGGGACGUUCCGGGCCUCAGCGCGUCAGAGCACCCCGUCUCCGGGGGGCUCUCACCCUCACCCCGCCCCUCAGGCAGGGAGGGGGAUGGGGAGGGAUCCCUGCUCCGUGAGGCGGUUUGCUUUGCACUGACGCCCAAACCACGUGUCCCAGGAACAGGGACCCCACCCCCCACGGGGCCUGGUCCGGCUCGCCCUUCGCAGCACUGCUCACACGGAUUCUGUUUUGGCUCCCGGAAGGCGUAGAGCCGAGACCCCAGCGCUCUGGGGGAGUGUGUGAUUUUGGCUCAAACUGUUGUACUCUCUUCCCUCCCCCCUGCACGCAGCUUGCUUGGGGGCCACCGCCGCCUCCCGGGUCGUCCCCUGAGGUCGGCAGGGCUCAGCUCUUGCCCCAGCCCUCCUGCCGCCAGCCCAGGCCCAGGCCUGCUUCGGGGCCCCCGAGGCCGGCCCAGCCCCCCGGCAGGGCCGCCCCGCGUCCAGUCCCGGCGUCCAGGCACCUGCGUGGGUCCCGUGUCGCUUCCGCUCCGUGUCUACCUCUUGCGGCUCCCACGCGGCCAGCGCCCUCCCCGCAGCGGCUGCUGCGAACUGCCCGGCACGCCCGCCGGGGCUGGAGGUGCCCGGGCUCGCAGCCCCCACCCCGCUGGCUCAGGUGUGACCCCGCGUCUGCACUGUGGGCAUGGGCGGGACCUCUGGGGGCGUCUCCUCCGGCCCUGCCUCCUGGGCUCGCAGGCGCCCUCCCCCCUCCCGCACUUCAUCCUUCUGGGCCCCGGAAGGCACCACCGGCUUGAGCGCAGCUACUUCUCCCCGAGGCCGCCGUCUUUCCCGAAACUUGCCCUGCGUUAACGUGGGCCAGACGUGCUCUGAUCCUCCGCCGUCCCCUUCCUUCCAGAAGCUCCUGCCGUUGGCCUCCGCCCAUAAGGUGGUGGAGUUCCCUCUUCCCGAGUUAGAUCCCCUGCCCCGGGAACCCCGGGCCGGGGGUGCGAGAGACAGAGAGCACCGGGUCCUGGCUGGGGGGGGUUGGAGUCCCAGGGAGCCGGGGGCCGUGGCUGGGGGCCCAGGGUUCUGGGGGUGCUGUGGGCUGUGGUUCCGAGGUGCCCUGGUUCUGGGGGCGCUGUGGUUAAGGGGGUCCGGAGCUGAGAUGUGGGGCCUGGCAGGCGGCCACCCCCUUCCCUUUGUGGAGCCGGGACGGCUCACACCCGCGAUCGGGAAGGCGGGAGGUGCUGUCACACGCGGGCUGCUCGCGGUGAGUCGGCGUGUGCACGCGAGCGCCGCUGCCGCCUCGGCCGCGACCCGGUAGCCAACACGCGCUCCCGCACGAGUGGCUUCUGUGGACGUGUCCGUGCACUGAAGUCGGAGAGAGAGGAGCAAGCCGUGUUGUCCCCUGGAGGCGUGGCCGCCGCCCCUCCCCGGGGCGUCCGUGACCCUGGCCUGGCUGCUUUCCUCAGCGCCCUUCCGGUCCCCGGGGUGCCUGCCGCCGGGAGCAGGGCCCCCUCCUUCCCGCCUGAUCAGAGCUCCUCGUUUCCCGCGUGGCACGUUCGUUCUUCCCCGUCCGGCGGCUGUGCCCGUCGCAGGCCUGCCUGCCGCCCCCCGCCCCGGCCCCGCCCGUAG